UACUUUUACGGUCAGGGUUCUCGAAUGUCAUUAAAAAUGCUAUCGCCUUAAUUCGAAUAAUUAAGGCAGCGUUAACGAAAACGAUUAUACAAAUUGAUACUAAGUUAUUAAGUUAAAUAAUUUUUAUGUUAUAUUUUUUUGUAUCAAAAAUCAUUAACAUUUUAUUUUGAUAUUAUUUAAAAACAUUUUAUUAUAUUUAAUAAUAUAGUUUAAUAAUAAUCUUCAUAUGUAUAUAUUUAUUUAAAAAUUAAUUAAUAAUUUUUAAAAAUUUAUUAAAAAUUUUUGUUAAUAUUAGUAUAUUAAUUUUCUUAAUUUAUUAUAACAUAUAAAUGCAAAUUUAUAUACAUAUAUUUGAAGAAAAUUUUAAUUUAUAUAAUUUAACAUAGUUUAAAAACAAAAUUUGUAAAUUUUAUUUAAAAAAUUUAUUAUAGUGUCGAUAAUUAUAUAUGAAUAGUUUCAACGUUUAUUAAAAAGAUGGUGCGACUAAUCAAAGACCGUCGACAAAAUUCAUUUUGCUGUCGAUAAUAAUAAAAGAUUAAUUUGAACAGUUUUCAAGAGAUGGCUCUACCAUUUAAAUUUUGAUAUGUCUUUUAUGUCAUAAGAAUCACAUCUAUUCUGUACUUUGUUUAUAGUUAUAAUUUUAUCUUUUUUGUAUCAAUUUCGAUAAUUGAAUUCAAUAUUAAUAAUUUGUACAUUCAUUAUAUUAAGUCAUAAAAAGUAUAGUAAAAACUCUGAUUUUAUAUAUGAUAUUUUCGAAUAAGGGACAAAAAAAUCCCAUUUAUUAUUAUCAAUUUUAUAUCUGUCUGUACUUAUACAUAUAUAUUUUAUAAAUUUGUUUUUUAUAUAUGUUUUAUAUGUUUAUUUAUAUUUCAUAUAUAUUGAUAUUAUAUAUACUAUUUCUGUAUAAUUAUAUAUAAAUAUUUUUUGUAUAUUUUUUAUUUCUUCUACAAUGUUUUAAAAAUGUAAUACAUUAAAAAGAAAAUUAUAAUAUAAUUAUUAAUGAAUAUAAGCAUAAAUGAGUUUGUCAUUUAAUGAAAAGUUUAUUCUAUAUUUAUUUUAAUUUAAUAAUGUGAUAUAACUAUGUUUAUAAAUUGAACUUAUCUAUAUAUCUUUGUUUUUGAUUUUUGGUUAUGAGAUUAUCAAUAUUGAUCUUGAUUUUUCUUUUUAAUUAUAUUACAAUAAAAAACAAAUAAAUUGAAAAUUUCAAAAUAAUAUCAAUUGGAUCAAAGAUGACACUUUAAUUGACUAUUUAAUAUUUAUAAAAUGAUAUAAAUAUACAUAUGAUUUUAUUUAUCAUAUAUCGAAAUUAACUUUUAAUUUUUUAUACUUAAUAACUUCUUGUUUUUUAAUAACAGUACUUUUUACUAAUAAUUUUAUUUUUAAUAAAAUCUUAAUAUCAAAUACAUAUAUAUAUUUCAUAACUUUAAUUAAAUAACCUAAUUGUAUAAUGUCAACUUGUUUUUUACUAUUUACAUUAAACACGAUAUUUGUAAAAAAAAUAGAAAAAUAUAAAUAUAAUAAUUAGCAUUUAUUCAAGUAUGAUAAAUAACGUAAUAUGACUACGCAAUAAUAUCUUAAAUUUUAUUCUAUGAAAAUGAGAAACAACUGUAAAUGAAGUAACACUAAUGCCACAAUACUAUUUGUUGCAAUUGCGCCAUCCUGCUGGAAACUGUGACGAAAAAUAAAAGUAGUUUGUCAGGUUCGUCUCGGUCGAUAUCAGCAAUAAAAAGAAACAUAUUGAAAUUAUGCGAUUUAUUAAUUUGUUAUGAAUAAAAAUAGUCUUUAGAAUAUAAAAUUCUAUUUGUGUUGCAAACACUAGAGAAGGAAACACGAAAACCUAGAAUCAAUGAAAAAGUGCGCACGAAGCGGGAAAUGUUCUCUAUGGCCCCGAAGCGACGACGCCACGUACUAGAUGGUAUAUUAUUGAUCAAUAAGAGAGGCUAACAUGGGUGACCUGUGCCGGCAGAGGCAGCUGUUACUUCGUCCGUAUUUUUACGCGACGCGUGUGUACCGCGAGAAACCGAUUUUCAAACAAAGUGUUCAUACGAUUUUGGUGUUCUUUUGGCCGUCUGUGACAAAAUGCAAUUGUGUUGCGGAACAAGAAGUACCGACCGUACGUGAAACGCGCCAAUCUCAUACUCCCGUGGAAAUACACGAAUUGAGGGAGACAGAGGGAGUAACGGAAGAGUAACGGCCAGGAUAGUUAAAGAGGCAUAGAGAUAGGCUGCGGGGGAAAAAGGAAUUGGGAGUGGGAGUGAGGGAGCAGAGAGAGAAAGAGAGGGAGAGAGAGAGAAAGAUAGAUAGAUAGAGAAAGAAAGAGAGAGAGAGAGAGAGAGAGAAGGAGUAAACGCGUGCAAGAAUAACAGAAAAAAACGAUAGAAGAGGAAUCAUAAAAACAGAGGGAGAAAAAGACGUGUGAGCGACAUGUGUCUGUGUUGAGAAUUCUAUCCGCGAAAGUACGGUGGCCCAGGGUGCGCCGAGAGAGAAGAUCGGUAGCAUUCUCCUCUCCUAUAUCCGAUACUUUCUCGUCGCCUACACGGGACUAUCGAUGCAGACCUUACGGAAGAAAAACAGUCCGUGCAAGUGUGAGUAAAAAGAGAAAAGCGAAAAAUAAAAGAAAAGAGAAAUAAGAGUUACCCCAAUAACGAAUUUAUACAAGUUUCGUGAAUACCAUUAAAAUCGUGCGGUAUCAACGUCAUCCUCUGUGUAUCUGGUGUAUAUAUUGUGAUACGAAUCAACGAAUAAUGUGGUCUUAAGCGAUAGUUUCAGUUUGUUUCGUGGCAUCUUUAACAUUUUCUAAAAUUAAGUGAUAUCACCCUGUAGAUCGGUCAAAGGGAGCUUUGGAAUAUGGCUUCCCUGUUCUCUAAGAGGGAGAAAGACGACGGUUGUUCGAUUCGAGCUGUGCAGAUUAAUUUGACCAUGAAUAAUUCAAGAACGAACCAACCCGAUUUCUAGGGGAGGGUGUGUCGUUCAAAGCGAAAUUGAUUGGCAUAUUGGAAGUAUCGGAAGCACGCGGGGACCGGAUGUGCCAAGCAGCUUUGGCGGAUCUGAAGAUGGCGAUUCGAGCUGCUGGCGAACACAAACAACGAAUCGCCGUCCAGGUCAGCAUCGAUGGAUUACGCUUGCGGGACGAAAAGUCUGGGGACUGUUUGUAUCACCAUCCUGUACAUAAGAUAUCGUUUAUCGCGCAGGACAUGAGCGAUUCAAGGGCUUUUGGAUACAUUUUUGGAUCACCAGACACUGGUCAUCGUUUCUUCGGCAUCAAGACAGAUAAAGCAGCAAGCCAAGUGGUAAUCGCGAUGCGAGACUUGUUUCAAGUGGUGUUCGAGUUAAAAAAGAAGGAGAUCGAGUUAACGAAGCAGCAUUUAGAACAAAACGCUAUAAACGUUAUUAAAUUUCAUACCACUGGCAUCUUUGUCGAACCUACCCCUGAUACUAAAGGCGCAGCAGGAUCAGAAUCUUCUCUUCAUCGGGUAAGGAAUACUAAUUCGGAGGUAGACAAGUCAGCUGAUAAACGAAACGAGUCCCCAAUAAGGGAUAAUCCCGUAAUAAGGGAUUUAUUAGAUUUACAAUUCGAAUUAAACUCUCUGCAGCAAGGUAUCCAUCACAUGGACAAAAUUACCCCUGAAAAUCCACCACCUUCCACUGACGAUCUCUUUGAAACCGAUCCAUUUGGCGAUUCCUUUGCGAAUAUGAAGCUGGAAGAUACUGUGAGACCAAUUCUACCACCACCACCCUCAUCUUCCAAAAGAGGCCACCUAGAGCGACAGCAAACGAUUCCAGGCGCCCAAUCGUCAAUCACGUCUAGUCCAGCGACCACAUUGACUAGUAAAACUCCUCCACUUCAAAGUACCAUUCAAUGGUUCGACAAAGAAACCGAGAAUCUAUUCAGUGACAGCGAGCUUACAAACUCGACCAAGAAUAAUACACCGGUUAAAAAAGAUGUGGAAGAGACUCAAGCCAAGAGUCCACAGAUAGACGUUUUCACGGAGCUGGAUCCACUAGGAACCGGUUUAAUCAAACCCUACGUGGACAAGAAAGACUUUUUCCAACACUUGAAGAAUCCUCCCAAGAAGGUGCUAAAAGAUUUAGUGUCCACUAACUCGGCGGAUACGUUCCCAACGAACUUUAACGUUCUCUCGGAACCACUAGAAUCAGUGAAACCACGAAACGAUGUGGCCGCCAAAGAAAAUCAAUUCGAGGAUAGCAAUUUCGCGAAUUUCGAUCGCUUCGACGAGAACGAAGCGAUUCAAUCAGUUUUCGCGCGCACUGACUCCUGCAGAAGAACAGAUAUCACGCCUAGACCGGCUCAUCAUCAACCUCUUUCCGUGUCUCUCCCUCCUGAAGACACUUCCAUCCCGAAGUCCUCGACCAUCCCGAGCUCUGCAGGUGUCUCUCUACUUACAAGAAUGGAAAAAGACUCUACAGAGUCUAUACACGGCUUGGUAAAGCUUCCUAGCCCCAUAAAAUCGACUCGCAAAAAAGAAUUCGACGUAGACAUAUCCGGUAACAAAACGCAAUCCAUGGACAAGACAUUCCCUGUCGACUUUUCUGCAACCAAUGAAUCACCAGCUUCUCCGUUAAAAUCCUGUUCCUCAGAUGCUAAUUCUAGAUUGUCAAGUUCGUCCGCUGAAUUGGAACUCGUACCUGAACCUCCUCCUCGAGGAAUCGCCAAUAUUCUGAUCAAUCCACCACCUCUGCCGCCGAAGAAACAAGGAGUUAGAGGUAUGAUAAAGCCUCCUCCAAGACCACCGCACACUGAGACCUAUUUCCAUUACGAUUUCCCUGAAAGGGAGUCCGAAGUGACCAAAGACAGAAGUAAAAGCCCGUUGAAAGAGGCGAAGAGCCUCCAAUCUGAUGACAAUUUCAGUCCGCCUGUACAAAUGUCAAACAAGUCUGAUUUGAUAAGCGCGAUGACUACAUCGACGUUCGAAGACUCGUUUAGCUCUAUGGUACCUACCACGAAUUUAUCCACGUUUUUUACAUCGACCAGUGCGACUACUGGACCCAAAAGGACGAAACCCUCGUUGGAUAUCACGUUGAGCCAAUUAACGUCUGCUAAUUUAGAUGAAUUGGCUAAUAGUUUAGGUAUGACCGUUAAAGAAUUAACUAGUUUGACUCUUCAGCAGUUGACCGAAUGUUUGGCUACCUUGUCAGCCAAGGAAGCUGCAUCCAGCGACACAGAAGAGCCAGUUUCUAUGAAACAAGAACCAGCUGUUGUCCAACCGCAAUCAAUGUCUGGCACGGUGCAUUCGAGACCAACGUUCAACGAGCCACAACCUUUCAACAAGAGCUUUGAACAGGAGACCAAACAGGAUACUACUUAUGAUAAAUACGCUGUUUUUAGAGAAUUGUUCGAGCUAGAGCAGAUGGAGAAGAACGAAGAAAGUACGACGAAAGAAUCUACCGAAGAGGAAGCGUCUUCGGUGAAAAAGGAAGAGUUCGAGAUAGUUAGCCAACAGCAUGAGACUAGUGAGGAGAGCAGAUCAGAUACAUUGGCCACUUUAGUGAAUCUAACAGUGAAACUUCCACCUAGCAAUGAGGAUCUGACUAAGGAAGAAUCAAGUGCAAAGCCUGAUGAAAAAACAGAAUCUUCGAAUAUAGUGUUUGAGAAGACUCAAUCAACUGAAUCAGAGAGUAAAACAGAACCAGUGAUAGAAUCUGAAGUAUCCACAGACUUGUUGUCGAAACAACCAGAAGAAGAGGAAUCUGAUAAAACUAAACCUAUAGUGGAAAUUGAAGAGAAAAUGGAGGAAACCGAGUCUGAGAAACCUAGUGAUUCCAAUGAAGAUUCUGAUAAACCAGUUACAGAAAAAACUACGGAAGAAACGAAUGGUUCAUUAGCAGUAGAUAAAGUUGAAGUGAAACCCUCCGCAUCGAUAUCCAGCGACAAAUAUGCCGCUUUGCGCGAGAUCAUUGGUGAACCAGAACCCCCUGUCAAACCAACCGAAGAAGAUACACCAACCUCCACCAGAAUGUCUCCUGUGGUCCAAUUACCAGCUCAGUCCAAGCCCUCGGCGGAGGUAGAGCUGUUAAAUCUAUUUUCUGACACUCCUCCCCCUUCCAGCCCUAAGAAACAGUCCAAGAAAGACGAAGAUACAGGGAUGAGUAUGGACAUCUUCGAGGAGAUCAAAAUGUUGAGUACCAGUGGUCAGCCAACGAAGACCAAAUCACUGAUUCCCGAAGACAUCUUCUGCCCGUUCACGGAGCUGAAACCAGAGAGAGAUGAAAGCAAAGACGAUAGCAAUUGGACCAAGUUCGAUACAGGUCUCUUCGUAUCGGACAGACCACCUUCGGAGUGUCCUCCUUCGAUCAGUGGCACUUCGCCCUGGUCCCCCGACGGCAAAGAGUUCCACAGAGAGUCUUCUUUCAAAGGUAGCGUGUAUCAGCAAUCGGGCGACAGCGACAACGAGUGGAAGGAUGAAGAAGAAAGCGAGGAGAGCAAUGGAAGGAUACGAGAUCCUAGAUUCAGGUGUAGCCAUUAUCCCAGAUUCGAUGGUCCUUUUGGAGACAGAGGUUUCUACGAAGAGACGGGAUCGAAACGUGACAGGGGGUUCCGAGACAGAAUGAUGGAGGACAGGAAGUCUCGUGACGCGGCCUGGAUUAAGAACACCGGGCACAGACCUAGGGAUUCCUCUCCCUGGCACGACGAGAGUCAAUGGGAGAAAGAGUCCAAACACUAUCCCCAUAGAAAGAUGCAAUACAAGGACGAAGAUGAGCAUUACGAGGCUCACUGGAAGUGCAGAUCUAAGCCUCAACGUUGGAACUGGCCGCACGAGCACGGGCCGUUCUACGAUGACGAGAGAAAGAGGAAGAUGAUGCUGUGGAAGGAAGACAGGUUUGGCAGUCAGGAAAGCAUGGGGUACGACGACGACGACAGGUGGUCCAGGAGGAAAUACGAGAGAAGAAGGUGGCCGGAAGAGGACGCCAGAUUCUGGAACAGAAGGACAGCAGGUCCACCCGACUCAGACUACCCUAGCAGGGAUUACUAUUACUACAGAGAAGCUAGAGAGCGAUCACACGAUUAUCCAUCAGCUUGGAACGAAGACUACGGCUCGGAUCGGCCUGGAGACGAUUCACCAAGGUACAACCAGUCUGGCAGAAAGAGGCACUGGCCCAAGAGACCGAAUAGUGCGAACGAGGGGCGCAACAUCGACAUGAUUUACGGCGAAUCUCGAAGCAAAUUCGGCACCUCAAGAUCCGAGUGCAACGACAACGAUUCAGAUCCUUACAUACGAUCCUCUCAACGUUCCAGGAGUCGUCAGAGUUAUUGGGGCAGCGACCAGGAGUACGACAGUUGGGUGGAGAGGCCCUACUGGUCCGAGGAGCCGGACACCAAGAGCGAGAGUCUGCACCGGAAGAGAGUAGCCAGGCACAAACCUCGCCAACCUCACGUCAAGACCCAGAGCCCGUUCGAGGACGAUUUCGCGCAAAGCGUGGAGCACAUAGACCCCUCGACCACGGAAUCUCUGACCCCGGUCGAGCCACCGAGGAUCCGUUCCGAGGGAAGUGAUCAGAAACCAUCGCCGCAGAGUCCUUCCUUCUCCACGAGGUAUUCGAAAGUAGCUAGGAGGGGGAUGGAGGAAGUCUACAACAAGAGAUCAAGCUACUUCGAGGACGACCUGCCAUUCACCGCCACAGCGAUGAGCGAUUCGUCCGAUCGGCAGAGGCUACCCUCCGAUCAGAAGCAGACGCCUGAAGAUGUUCCUUCUUGCGAGGCCAAGGACGCGCCGCCCGACGACUUCGUUUCCGGGGACGGCAGCCGUGAUUCCUUCUUCAAUGGACACCUGAGAUACGACGACGACGCGUUCGCUUUCAAAGCGGAAAUGGAGGACAACGUGUCCGAUCAUCGAGCCACCACCUUACCGUUGAAGAACCACAACCGACAGGGGAAAUAUUCCGCGGGUAGCAACAACAAUAAUAACAACAAUAAGUCUAGAAACGACCAACACAUAAGGAAGUCGGAGUCGGUGAAUAUAUUCGUGAGGGAGAGCGAUCCGUUUGGCGACGACGAUUUCUUCGAUUGAUGGGUUGUUCGGGGAGUGUUGGACGGGCACGGUGAUCGGUAUUCAGGGGAUGGUCCCGAUUUUUCGGGGCUGAUGUCGGUGGCGGGGUGAUUCGACGGGGUGCGUUUCCUUUUUUCUGUCCAAAAACGUACCAACCUAUCAUCCAUUUAUAGCCCGUGAACUAUAGAAAUGAACAAUUGUAUCAUCCAUGUUUUUCUUUGGUUUGCUUCAAACUGUGGUUGAGGCAAUAGGUAUUUUGGCUGAUCGAGGUCAGGUUAGGAGAUGGGGUUUAGCGUAGUGUUCUACUUAUAGUGGAACUGUGGAGCAUUUAAAGACUGAUUCGUUGGUAAAUGGUAGAGUUUUGUUCAAGUUGAUCAAUGUGAGCUUGCUGUUUUUUAAAGUUGUGAAUGUUCUUUCAAGCAAACUUGAGGUUGCAUCUGAAAGUUGCUAGAAUAAGAGUUGCUAAGAAAAUAUAAUGUUAUUUAAAAUGUAAGUUGUAUUCUCUGAUUAAAUAAUUAAUUUCUCUAAUUAAAUAAUUAUUCCAAUUUAGUUUAGCCAAUUACAUCAUUGAUUUGUUAAUUGAUCUGUUAUUUAUCAGAGAAUGUAUCUUAUCAUAAAUGUAAAAAUUUGAAAUAUGAAUUCACAGAUGAUUUACAAAGCCUAAGGUUCAAGGUGCAGUUAUAUCAAUAAAUAUCACCACUUAUUUGUCUAUUUCAAUUAAUUAUUAUUAUCCAUUACGAUUAUUUAUUAUUAAAAAUCAUCAAGACAAAUGUUUCCUCGAACAAUUACAAUACUUAUUGUCUCUGUUAUAGCUAAGUUAUUGAAAAACUAUAUUUGUGUCGAAUGUGAAUUAGAAAUUCAAGGGGACGUUUAUGGUAAUUAUGUAUAUCGAUGAAGAGGAUUCGUCAUGAUGUAUCGAUAGUGAGAUAUCGAUGGGGUACGAGCGACGUACCGACUGCUAGUCAUUGUUUUAAUAAAUUUGUACAUAAUGUUAUAUCGGCGUUAGUGUGAAAUUAAUUCGUCGAUCGAGGUCUGUAUAUGUGCGUGCAGUUUGUAUGACCAAUUGUUUUAUCGAUUGUGAUCUUGACGCGUAAUUUCAAUUCUCGAUCACUUAGAUUUGAGAAAAGGAUGGAAUGCUUUGGAAAAUUUAGAGAAAAAUUGAAAACCCUGAUUUACGAUAUUUUAAUAUAUUUUUUUUUCUCCUUGCUAAAGUUCUAAGUUUAAAAAAAAAACUUUCACUUGGUAUUGUUGAAUUGUAGAUGAUCCACUUGACCUGAGUUUUGAGAAAAACUUGAACGAUUGAGAAAAACUUGAACGAUUGAGAAAACUUUUAUGAAAUUUUUUGGGAAAUGAAUUUUCUAAAUGUUAAAAAUGUUAAUUCAUUUUUAUUUAUGACGAGGGUAAAUGAAACAUUUUUUAUAUAUUUUUAUAUAUGCAGAGGAUUAUUGAAAUUAUCUCUCGAGCAUUUCCAUUUUUUUAGAAAUUAAUCAAUCGUGUUUUCGUUUUAUUCGUUUCGUACGAUCACGAUGCUAGUCAUGUUCGAGUGAGUUAGAAUAUUAGAGAACACAGGCCAAAUUAUUGAUGGUUGUUGCGACUGAAAUCGUUAGAAAACUUUUAAAUGUAAUUUUUAUGUUCAUUUGCAAAUUAUAUUUUUAUUAAUUAAAUAUACCGAAUUUAAAAAAAAAAAAGAAAAGAAAAAUUCUGAUUGAAUUUUAAUUUUAAUCAAGUUUUUUAUCAUAUUAUUGUAAAAUCAUGAAAGAAAGAAAAGUUUCUAAUAAUAUUAGGUGCAAGAACCACAAUUAUUGAAUGCCUGAGAGGAUCUCGUUCGAUAAUUAGAUUAUUUGAAAUGUUGGGGAAUCAAAAUGUGACUUUUAUACGUUUUUUGACUGGAACGAUCUUCGUUCGUAAGUCGAAUCGAUAAUAAGAACAAGAAGUAGAUUCGAAGAAAAAAAAAAAAAGAAUAAAAGAGACAAAAGACGAAGAUGUGAAAAAACCUUCGUUAAAUCCAGAUAGCUUAUUUUAAAUAGAAUCAAAAUGUUAUAUUGCAAUUUUUUAUUUCCUCAUUCAACCGCUUUAGCAAUAGAUUUUUAUAUUUAUUUUAUAUUUUAUAUUUAUUGUGUAUAGAUAGAUGUUGAUAGUCGAGUCUUUUUUAACGCUCGAAAUAAAUCUAUUAUUUAUUUAAUUUAUUGAUCAAAUCUGUCCCACAGCAAAUAAAUUGAAGGAUUCAAAAGAAUAAAUGGUACAUGGAAAAAAACUUGUAUGAAAAUUUAAUAGAGAGAUCUACAUAUUAUCAGACAUUGAAAAUUUGCAAUAAAAUUUUUUAUUUAAAUACUCGAAUACUUAUAAUAUUUUUUUAUAUCUAUCUUAUUUUUCAAACAAAUACAAUUGUACCAUUUUUUCACCGAGUCCCUCAAUCACAGUCAGAAUUUUUACUGACAAUAAGGAAUUACAAUUUCUGUUUAAUCACUUGUGUACCUCACUAAGAAUCGAGAUUAUAACAAAAAAUUUAAUUUUCACUUAGCAACGCUUACUAAUGAUACGGAAAAAUGGAACAAUUAGAUAUGCAUAUCGAUAUCAAUGCAUUAACCAAAGCCAAAGAUUUUUUUACAUUGCUCUCGCAACACUUCAUUGAGCAAAUAAAUAAGGAUCGAUAAUUGCAAUAAUUGUGUUAAAGCGUACAUUACAUUUAUCGCAAUGUUCAAUUUCGAAUUUUAAAGCGGCUUAAUCCAACAAAAAUUAAUAUUCGUUUAACCUUUACGUCAAUACUCGAAAUUUAAAGGAAGAAAGAAAAAAAAAAUCAUUCAAUUUUUUGAUCGCAGUAUUUUUCUGAUAAUAAAAUUCUAAAUUUGGAACGUGAAUCCAUAUCAAAUAACAAUCCAAGCUGGAUUCGAAAAUAUUUUAAUGUGAAAAUAAAAAAUUUCAUGUUCUAUAUACACAUACACACACACAUACAUAUAUACGUUAUAACGAUUGUAUAGGGUAUUGAUAUAAGGGUUAAAAGAUAAAUUAAAAAAAGAAAAAACUGAAAAAGUGUGCGAAGAACCAUUGUAAAACAAGUAUAAAAUUACCCAUGUGAAGUGGAAAAACUACAAAUAUAUCAUUUAUCGAAUUGCACGCAACAUUAUCAACAAUAUCGUUUCAACGUUGUUUCAACCGUGAACAAAUUUCUACAUCCAUGAGACUCAACGACAGAUCUGUCGAACGAUUGAUUAACAAUUGUGCAAUCGCGACCUAUUGAAGACACAAUUUCAGGGAAAUUAGUUAACCAAAUACUUAAACGAGUAAACCUUUAUACACCGUGAAAAAGACACGAACGAUUCAACUAUGGGAUUCACUAUUCUGCGAUUUUACAUAUAUAAAAAAAAAAAAAAAAACAAAAAACGUAUAGUUAAUACAUUAUACGGAAUAACGUGACGAGAGGAGGGAAGAGACAAGAAAAAAAGACUACGACGAAGAUGGAAAACUGUACCAAACGCUUUAUUUUUACGAUAAGAAUGGAAUUUUAUUAUUUGAAAUAUCGAAUAUGAUUGGUGAGCAUAGAGGAUGUGUAUGUUUCUGUCUGUGAGCGAUUUAAAAAAUGAAAAUGGAAAUCCGUGAGAGAGGGCGAAGGACAAGGAGCAAUCAGCAAAACACAGUAGAUAGUGUAAUAAUAAUAAUAUUAAUAAUAUUAAUAAUAAUAUUAAUAAUAAUAAAAAUAAUAAUAAUAAUAAAAUAAAAGUAAAAAGAAAAAAAAAAGAAAUGAAAUUCGAUUCGAGAAUGUUUAGAAUAUAGUAAUCUGCAUCGCUAUAAUAAAUGUACGAUACGUUACGCGAUUUAUGUGUGCGCUAUUUAUCGUGGAAAAUUGUCAUUUUUACUAAGACCAGAUCGCGAUGACGAUUUUAUUCCAUGCAUUAUUGUCAGUCUCCCGAUAAACACGAGUCGCAGUACCACACACACACUGAACAAAAAAAAAAAAUGGAACCGUUCGAAUAAAUUUUCACUUUAAAAAUGUUGGAACAGAAUAAAUUUCUUUUGGAAGAAACCUUA